ACACACGCCUCCCAGAUAAAAAGUGCACGCCAGAGUGGUGGUGUCGCGCAGACGAGCGGAGACGAGGUUAGAUUAGGCGACACGGCUCACCGUUUAGUGUCUUUUUGUCAUGUUUUGAGUGCACUCUUAUUUUUUGUGGUGUUUUUAAUGUGACGUUUCGACCUUAAAUUAAGACAUCGGUGGCAGCAGGUGCGCUUCGAAUACAUGUCUGUAUUUCUUCGAACUGAUUCAGUUCAGCGUUUGUGCCCGUCCGAGAUAUGACUGAGGUGAUGAUCAACAGCACCCCCAUGGACGACAUGAGGCUCAGUCCCACCAAGGACAGACUUUCUUUCCAGAUCUUCCCUGACCCGUCUGACUUUGAGCGCUGCUGUAAGCUCAAAGACCGCCUGCCCUCCAUCGUGGUAGAGCCCACGGAGGGUGAGGUGGAGAGCGGCGAGCUGCGCUGGCCUCCUGAGGAGUUCCUGGUCAGCGGAGAGGACGACGACGACGAUGAUGAUGAAGCGGAGCCCAACCACAGCGGCGUCCAAAACGGACAGGCGAUGGCAAACUCCCAGCACUAGGAGCCGCGUAUUAGCUUCCGAUGUCCACCCCCAACCCGUUCACACACUGGUCACGCUGCACCUUACCCGGCUGACACCACCCAAAAGAAGCAAUACACCAGUUUUGUCGCACUGCCAUUCGAUGGGACGCCGUUCGCACACAUGAGAAAAGACUGAGCGUUGGCACGGCGCUAGCACUGGGGCCACGAAAUGGUUCCCCCACAUCCCCUGCGCUGCCAUGAAAACAGGACUUACACUUAGCCCUCCAACUGUGUGUUCACCCUCUGGAUUGCUGUUAAGUAUUUGUCUUUGCGCAAGAUUUAGCAGUUUUCUGUGAUUAUUUUUUUUUGUGGGUGUCGAAUGUGCUGAGAUUUCUUUUUUUUACUUUUAUUUUUUCCAGUCGAAAGUUAAAAUCUUUGUACUACUUGUGAAGCACUAGCUAAUAGAUUUUUGUAAGUCACUCGGAGAAGUAGUAGCACGUAGAUGUUAACUAGUGUUGUCAAAUUUUGCUUCAUUUGUAAUACAUGUUGGUCUACUAGUGAGAACAAAAGAUCCUGUACAUGUUGGUGAGGAAAACGGCUUUAGUUGACAACUACGUGCUAGUUCUACUAGCGCGCUUCACCGCGGCGGUUUGAAGCAAGUGAGCGAAGGAAAGGAGGCUACCGUGCCAACCGGAUGCUAUUUGCUCGCCCUGGGAAGCCUGACGACUCGACCAUGUGCAAGUUGCGACGGUUAUUUGAUUUAUUUUUUUUUCCCCCUCGAACCCUCCACUGAGCUAAUAAUGUAUAAUGGUUUCAGUCGCAAGUGAACACUCCUUUCUAUUCCAACGCAUUUCUUUGGGAGCAACUGUAGUUUUUGCCACCACGUAGCUUUCAUAUGUAGGCCAUUCAACACGUUCCACCUUUGUUGAAAAGUCACAUUGGUUUUGUUCACAAAUGUUCUUCUGACUUGUCAUUCGUGUGGCAUUAGGGCUGUGUACAGGACGUCCAUCUUUUUUUUUCUUUUCUCUAUAACCGAGCAGGUUGUUUUUGUAAAGCUCAGGGAGAAUAGCUGCCAUUUUUUUCCAUUGUAUCUAGACCACUGUUUUUUCUUUCUCUGACUGUUGCAGAGGCUGUAAAUAAACUUGAAUUUGCUAA